AUGUACGCGGAUUUCAUUGCCGGAUGGGCUGCUGGUGGAGCAGGCCUUAUCGUUGGUCAUCCACUGGAUACGGUAAAGGCUCGCCUGCAGACCAUGAAUACUUACAAAGGAAUAGUCGACUGCAUGCUUAAAACAGCUAAACAAGAGAGUAUCUACGGUCUCUAUAAAGGGAUGUGGCUGCCUUUCCUAUCAACAGGAGCCUUUCACUCUCUACUUUUUACUGGUUAUGGAGCAGCUUUGCGAUUACUGCAUCCUGGCGAGUCAAAUGUUGAAGCCAGAAAGGAUUUGCCUAUGAGAGAGAUAAUGUUUGCUUCCACCUGCGGCACCGUGGCUCAAGUUCUCCCUGUCAUACCUAUUGAAUUGUUGAAGACCCGCUUGCAGGUCCAGCGUGAAAAUGUUUCCCAUCAUUCUGUACACUCAGCAAAGCUAUAUUCCGGCCCGGUAGAAUGCGCGAAACGGAUAUACGAAAGAGAAGGAAUCAGAGGAUUGUUUAAGGGUGGUAAUGUGAUUCUUGUACGUGACAUCAUCGGAUAUCUCUUCUAUAUUCCUGUCUAUGAGCUAUUGCUACGAUAUUUGCGACUAAAAAACGCUAAUGAAACUGCUGCACAGCUAUUUGCUGGCGGCUGUGCGGGUGUCAUGUCUUGGCUAUCAAUUUGUCCAAUUGAAGUCGUCAAGAAUAGAAUUCAAGCCGACAAUACUGGCAGAAGAAUGACUUCAAUUAAAGUGGCUCAGCGAAUAUGGCAGAACGAAGGCACUCGUGCGUUUUAUCGUGGAGGCCUAGCACUAGCGCUUCGAGGAUUUAUAGUAAAUGCUGUUCUGUUCCUUGUCUAUGAAAAUACCUUCGCAACUAUUGAGACCUUGAGAAUUCAGAACCUGAUGUAA